AGCAGAGUGUGGAGAAAGAGCAGCUGUCAGCAGAGGACCGUAUGGCAAGGCGGACUCCCUGAGAUUCUAUACUCCACUGAGAUUAUUUUGCUGCUGUUUGCUGUUUUUACCUUACUUUGUUUUUUAAAGUUUCAAAGGAUAGGCAGGUGACAUUCAUCUUGGAACCACCAUCUGCAACCAUGCUUCACUCUCCACUGAAAACCGCACUGGCAUAUGAGUGCUUCCAAGAUCAGGCCAAUUCAACUUUAGCUUUGCCUUCAGACCACAAAUUAAAAACAAGAGGGACAGGAAAACAAAGGGUCCAGGAACAGGUGAUGAUGACCGUCAAGCGGCAGAAGCAAAAGUCCUCCCUUUCAUCAGCAUCAAAUGCGGCAGGUCACUCCAACCGAGGUUCAAUGUAUGAUGGUUUGUCUGAUGGCUAUAACUAUGGAACAGCCCGUGGUAGCUACUAUGCCAAAGCCCAUACAGGAACCAAUAACUGGGGCCAUACGAUGUACAAUGGAACUCUCAAAAGAAAUGCAGCUGAAAACAAACGCUACAGUUCCUACAGCCAAAUGGACGGUUGGGGUAGCAAACAUUAUAACAAGAUCUGCAGUCCUACACAGGGUGGCAGUGACUACUGCUUUGUGCAGAACAUGAAGAGUAGUCGGAGUGAGCCAGACCUCUACAAUGACCCUCCACGAGGCACACUAAGGAGAAAUCAGAGUGGAAGCCGGGUGAAUCACAAGACCAGUCUACAUCGUCACAGCCUCUACAGCAAUACAUGCAACAAUCAGGAAGGAAUUACAACCCUCACAAGGCCAAAUAAGAGAAUUCCAAUCCGCACCCCCUCUUGCACUUCUACUAACAAGCAAGAUGCAGUCUAUGCCCAGCCUGUAGCCAGCAAGCCUGAUGCAAUCUACGGACAAGGUCGCUCCAGAAUAUGUCAUGAUGAAGUGGAUUAUGGAGCAAUGACUAUCCAGAAAGCCAUUCAACUUCUGUGUUCCUCAGAUGAGAAGAACCAGGCCAUGGGUGCCUAUUAUCUCCAACACACCUGUUUUCAAGAUGAAUCUGCCAAGCAAGAGGUUUACCGACUUGGAGGCAUUGCCAAGCUGAUUGAACUUCUGCGCAGUUCAGAUGAGAAUGUGCAGCAGGCUUCAGCUGGGGCCCUUCGAAAUUUAGUCUUCAGAAAUCCAACUAACAAAUUAGAAACCCGCAGGCAGAAUGGAAUUCGAGAGUGUGUGGGUCUCCUGAGGAGGACUGGGAACACCGAAAUACAGAAGCAGUUGACAGGAUUGCUCUGGAACCUGUCCUCCACUGAUGAACUGAAAGAAGAUCUGAUACACGAUGCUCUUCCAGUUCUGACUGAUCGUGUUAUUGUGCCUUUUUCUGGAUGGUGUGAUGGUAUUAGCAAUAGAUCAAGAGAAAUGGUUGACCCAGAAGUUUUCUUCAAUGCCACUGGCUGUUUAAGGAACUUGAGUUCUGCAGAUGCUGGACGUCAAACCAUGAGAAACUAUCCCGGAUUGAUUGACUCUGUGAUGACAUAUACCCAGAAUUGUGUGGCAGCUAACCAGCCAGAUGAUAAGUCUGUGGAGAACUGUAUCUGUAUCCUUCAUAAUUUGUCCUACCGCCUGGAUGCUGAAGUGCCAAAUAAAUACACCCAUCUUAACCACUUGGCCAGAAACACUCACACGGACAAAAGCUUGACAGGCUGCUUCAACAAUAGAGGGAAGCUAGAGUAUGAUGAGUAUAAUCUACCACUUCCUGAAGAGGACUAUAAACCUAAAGGUUCCAGCUGGCUGUACCAUUCUGAUGCCAUCCGCACCUACCUGUCUUUAAUGGAAAAGAGCAAAAAAGAUGCCACCCUUGAGGCAUGCGCUGGAGCUCUGCAAAAUCUGACUGCAAGCAGAGGAAUGAUGUCGAAUGCAAUGAGCCAACUAAUUGCCUUAAAGGAGAAAGGGCUGCCCCGCAUAGCACGGCUUCUGCAAUCCAAUAAUUCUGAAGUUGUCCGAUCUGGAACAUCUUUACUGAGCAACAUGUCUCGACAUUCUAUUCUCCACAAAACCAUGGCUCACCAGGUGCUUCCAGAUGUGACUCGCCUUCUAGCACUUCAGGCUCCAGGUUCUAGCAACUAUGGAGAUAUUAUGACAUCGGCUUGCUAUGCCCUGAGGAACUUAAUCAUGUACAACCCACAGAUGGCCAAGCCCUACUUGACUGGCAGUUUGAUAAAUAAUGUAGUAGGCCUGUGCCGAAAUGGAUCUUAUCCCAAAGCAGCUGAAGCAGCUCGGAUGCUGCUAUCUGAUAUUUGGUCAAACAGGGAACUCCAAUCUGUACUAAAACAGCAAGGAUAUGACAAGAAUAUGAUGGGAUCUUUAACAGGAAGCACUUUCAGGAAUUUGUCUUCCAGAUUCUAAGAGACUUUGCAUGUUUGGAUUGCAGAGCAUGUAACUGGUUAGUGUCUGGAGUCUUCAAUCCUCAAGGAAUUAGGAUGUUAAAAGACUUAGAGUAUUUUGAAAGUUCAACUAAGUUGUAAAAUUUGGGAUGAAAAUUGUAUUGUCUGAUAUAAGUACCUUAAAAUGUUUUAAUGAAUAUUUUAAAUAUAUUUUUCUCUUUUGUUAAAUUGGAAUGCUGGUUGUUAACGUUAUGUAUAAGCCAAUUUACCAAAAAUUGGGAUUUAUCAUUUUGAAUGACAUACAUAACAACUGAGAAAUCUACUUCCCUAACCAAUAUCAGGUCAAUAUAUUAGGAAAUACUAGGGAAAUAGUGCCUAACUGCAGCUUAAUUAUUUAACAAAGCAUGAUUAUUUUUUCUUUGUGUACAUUUUUAGAUAUCAUUUGGGUAGACAGACCACUCCUAAUUUUGGAUCUCUAAAUAUUGCUGGAUGACCAUUGUCACCAUCCAAGAUCAAUAAAGCUGCUUUGAAUGAUGGGAUCCCUUGGGCUAUUUGGGAAUAUUUUCCAUACAGUUCAGUGGGGUUUACUGCAAUAUAAAUGCCUAUAGAAUGACAUCCUACAGUCAUUUUUGUACAGCCAUAGGUCUGGCAGCAUAUUCUUACUGGUGAACAUCAGAUUGCAUUUUUAUUCACUACCAUUUCAACUAAUUUCUGUAAAAUUAGUAACAUCUAACAUGUUUAUUUCAUUUUCAAUAGCCAUUAUACAUAUAUUUGGUGAUAUAUUAUUCCUUUUUAUUGCUGAAUUUCCAUUCCCUCAAUGCCUCAAUAAGGGAACCCUCCACUAUAUUGUCAUUACAACCUCCAUAAUUCCGAGAAAUAUAAUCCCCAAAUUAGAGAAUACCACAUAGAGGAAGUCUGUCCAAAUUUUGUUUUCAUGGGUUCCCUUCUGCAUUGAUUCAUUUCUCUGCUUUGCUUUCAUAUUUCCUGAUUAUUGCUGGGCUUUUCCCCCUAUAGAUCAUUUAGAUGUCAAGAAGCAAAUUCACAUAAGAGAGGUUUUUCCUGAAAAGGUUCUUAAUCUUUGUUUUUGUACUAUAUAUGAACAGAGUUCCUUCUACAGUUUUUUUUUUUGGGGGGGGGGAAAUCUGGAAUUCUCAAGAUAAUACCUUACUACAUUUAUCCAUAACUACAGACUUCUGUAUGACUCUCAGGUGAUACCUGUCUCAUAAAAUUGUAUCAUUGCUUUAAAAAAAAAAUUACCAGCUGAAUAUACCUGCUUAGAUUAUAAACUCAGAAAGAAGAUAAGAGAGGUAAUCUUAUACUUUUAGUGUCUUAAAUGGAAGCCAAAUGAAAUUAUGUUUUAACAGAUUAUUAGAAAAAUGGACAAGAUUUUAUUAUGCUGCAAUAUUUCCAUUAGUUCAUCUUGACAAAUGAACAGUGGAUAUGGAAGGAAAAUGGUUGCAUUUCUUUUAAUUUUUAAUAAUCCAUGAGGAAUUUUUAAUAAUAAACAUGAGGAAUGUCUGAUGUUUUCCAAAUAAUAUUUCAGUCUUUCGUUCUCAUGAAGACAUUCCAUAAGAGAUAAAGAGAUAAUUACAUAAUCCAGUGAUAUGAUGUUAUUGUUCUAUGCCUUGUUGUUAAAAAUCUUUAUUCAUAAAUGAAUGUGAGAAUAUUAAUAGAGUCCUAUCCACGAACCCAAGAUUGUCAUUUCAUAAAUGUUCUUCAACAGUUGAUAUAUAAAAGUACUGUGAUACUUAAAAUAACAUAACCUUUAUAACGGUUGUUCAUAGCUUUUUAUAUGUUAUAUCCAUGAACUGAUUUAAUUCCUUUUCAAAACUAUUGAACUCACAGUCAUAAACACUGGGUUUUAAGAUAGCAGAUUCUGUGGUUUGCCUGUAUGCUGCUUUCUUUUAUUUCUUGGGAUUUUCCACAGUUCAGCAUAUAACAAUUUUCCUCAUCAAAGCAACUUUAAAAAAACUGAAAAGGAUAUUGGAAUUCAGUGAACUUCAACUCAG